AUGGUAUUUUUCAUUGCAGUCAUAGCAGUAUUACUGCCAGGAGUUACAUGCCUUACUCCUCAGAUUAAUGCAUGUGUUGUGGGGAAACCUCCGCUUAUCAAGCACAAGUAUUUUUUGUCAGGGGAUUUCAUAAUGGCUGGGAUACUCUCUCAGUUCUAUAUGAUAUCUGAUCCAGUGCAUUUCAAAAGACAUCCCUCUGAAGAACUGGUUGAUGAGCUCAUUUACUUCAUGGCGAGAUGGACCUACUUAGCUUCAAUGGAGCUCCUCUCAACACGGAGCAGAUUCAUACCCAAUUAUAAGUGUGAUACCAAGGACUGGACAGUAUCUGUCAUUAUGGGACCUACCUCUCACAUCUGUCCCUUCAUAGCCAACAUUUUAAAUGUCUACAAGUUGCCCCAGCUAAUAUAUGGAUCUUCUCCUGUGAUAGAGGACAACAUAAAAACUGCUUUUUUGCAUCGUUUUUUCCCAAAUGGUGACCAACAGAUUAUGGGUAUUCUCCAAUUGCUGUUGUACUUAAGGUGGACAUGGGUUGGACUCAUUGUCCAACGUAAUGAAAAUGGAGACCGAUUCAUACAAAAUGCUGUUACUUUAUUUUCCCAGAAAGGUAUCUGCUUUGACUUCAUAGAACAGAUGGCCAAAGAAACAUUUUCUAAUGAUAUUGCAGCAGCAUUUAAAGAUUUUACUAAUAUGUACAUUAUUAUUAUGAAUAGCACAGCCAAUGUUAUUAUCCUAUAUUGUGAAAACCAGGUCACUGUGAUUUUUAGAAUGUUGCCCUAUUUCCCAGCAUUUGAAGAGAUGCCAGUCAAGAGAAAAGAUAAAGUUUGGAUAAUGCCAGGCCAGAUGGAGUUUACGUCCCUUCCCUUUCAAAGAGUGUGUGGUAUAGACUUUUUCCAUGGUGUUAUAUCUUUUGCCAUUUCCUCCAAAGAGAUCCCUGGAUUCAACACAUUCCUUCAGAUGAGAAACCCAACUUCAGAAGUGGAAGACCAUUUAAUGAAAGUGUUUUGGGAAAAGGUUUUUGAAUGUUCUUUUCCUAAAGAUAAAUUAGAUGAAGACACUGGAAUGCUGUGCACUGGAGAAGAGAAGCUCAAAAAUCUUCCUAAGUCUGUGUUUGACACCACCAUGACUGGACAGAGUUACAGCAUCUAUAAUGCAGUCUAUGCUGUGGCACAUGCUUUACAAGCCAUGCUUUCCCCCAAGUCAAAAUACAAAACAAGGGUAGAAGUUGGGCAACCAUUUUUUUUUAUCCAAAAAGCCUGGCAGUUCCAUCACUAUUUGAGAACUAUCUCAUUUAAUAACACUGCAGAACAGAAAAUCUCCUUUAAUGAAAAUGGUGACUUAGAGACUGAAUUUGACAUUAUCAAUUGGGUCACCUUCCCCAAUGAGACCUUUAUUAAAGUCAAAGUUGGAAAGAUUCACCCAACAGCUUCUCCAGACAAGUUAAUCACCCUUUCUGCACAGGACAUCACUUGGCCUGCUAUGUUUAACCAGGUUCCUCCUCUUUCUGUAUGCAACAUCAAUUGCCGUUCUGGGUCCAGGAAGAUGAAAAUAGAAGGGAAGCCAUUUUGCUGCUAUGAUUGCUUUCGAUGUGCAAAAGGGAAAAUUUCAAACCAGAUGGAUGCAGUUGAUUGCUUCCAAUGUUCAGAAGACCAAUAUGCAAACAAGGCUCAAAAUCUCUGCAUUCUAAAAAGAGCAACUUUCUUGUCUUACAAUGAGCCACUGGGAAUCACCUUAGCCACCAUUAGUCUUAUCUUUUCUUUUAUCACAGCUUUGGUGCUGGGGAUCUUCAUUAAACAGCGGGACACUCCUAUUGUCAAAGCCAACAACCGGAACCUCACCUACAUUCUUCUCAUUGUUCUCUUGCUCUCUUUCCUUUGCAGCUUGCUCUUCAUUGGCCAACCUGACCAAGUGAAAUGUCUCAUGCGACAAACUGCUUUUGGCAUCAUCUUCUCUAUAGCUUUAUCUUGCAUAUUGGGCAAAACAAUCAUAGUGGUCCUUGCUUUCAUGGCCACCAAGCCAGGCUCCAAAAUGAGGAAAUGGGUGGGAAAAAGACUGGCCAACACUAUUGUCUUAUCUUGCUCCCUAACACAAUUCAUUAUCUGUGUAAUAUGGUUGGCAAGUUCUCCCCCAUUCCCAGAUUCUGACAUGCACUCCAUGGUUGAAGAAAUUGUCCUCAAAUGUAAUGAAGGUUCAACCACAAUGUUUUAUAUUGUUAUUAGUUUUCUGGGGUUCUUGACUUCUGUCAGCUUCACAGUAGCUUUCUUAGCUAGGAAGUUGCCUGACAGCUUUAAUGAAGCUAAAUUUAUCACCUUCAGCAUGUUGGUCUUUUGUAGCGUCUGGAUAUCUUUUGUUCCAACCUAUCUGAGUACAAAGGGCAAAUAUAUGGUGGCUGUAGAGAUCUUCUCUAUUUUGGCUUCUGCAGCUGGAUUACUGGGCUGCAUCUUUUCCCCAAAAUGCUAUAUCAUUGUUUUGAGACCUGAUUUGAAUACAAAGAGGCAAUUAGUAAAAAAAUGA